ACUUCCCUCUUCCCGAACCUAGCCUCCUCGAAAGGUUGCCUGAGCUCGGCCGACCCCGGUUUCAUUUCGUUCUCAACAUCUCCGAUGAGUGUUUCUCAUCGGUAAUAAUUGAUCCAAUUUAAAGGUAUGUGAUGGUCUUUACGACAUCUUUCAUGCCCAUUAGCGUAUUACAUCAGAAGCAAUGCCAUUGAGGCUACCCAUUAAUCUUCCAACCUAUUCGUUUCGCCUCUCUAACCUCCAAUUUGUUUCGAAAAUCUCAUCGGUUUCAAAAUCUCAAGGUCAAAUUGAAGUGCCUGGGUCACUUUGGUUUGUUAAGGUUGUAUGCACACUAUGUGUUCGACGAAAGUCCUCACUGAAAAAAGUUAUUGUUUCUGAUUAUCUUCGCAAUAAUUUGAAUCCCCUUAUUGCUUGUAGUGUUAUUGAACAUAUGAUUAGUAGUUUACACAACCCGGAAUUGGCUUUUGGUUUUUUAGAGUAUAGUAAGAAUAUGUUGAAUCUUGUUCAUUCUGUUGAGACAUAUAGUUUUGUUUUACGGGUGUUUUGUCAAGUGGGUAUUCAUGAUUUAGCUAGACAGGUUAUUGGUUUGAUGCGGGUUGAUGGGUUGGUGCCGGAUAGUGCGGUUUUAGGAAUUGUGGUUAUGUCGUUUGUGGAUGCCGGUAAGUUUGAGGUUGCGAAAGAGUUGGUUCUUGAGCAUAGUGGCGUGAUUAGUUUGUUUGUGACUAAUAAACUAUUGAGUUCGUGGGUGAGGAAUAACCAGGUGGAUGAGGCGGUUGCGUUGUUUGAAAACAUUGUUUUAAGACCGCGAAGCUAUUCUCCCGAUGCAUGUGCGUUUAACAUAGUCAUCUCUGGUCUGUGCAGGGCUGGGGAGGUUGAUAAGGCUUUUAAGCUUUUCAACCAGAUGAGGAACUUCGGGUGUUUGCCUGAUUCGGUUACGUAUAAUACCCUUAUGAACGGUUUUUGUCGUGCUGGUAAUGUUACAAAAGCACACGAGUUGUUAAACGAAGUUUGUAUGGUAGACGAAUGUUCACCAAAUGUGGUGACUUUUACUUCGGUUAUAUCAGGAUACUGCAAGCUAAGUAAAAUGGAAGAGGCGUUAGUCUUAUUCGAUGAUAUGAUCGAUCGUGGAAUUAGACCUAACACCAUUACAUUUAACGUUAUAAUCGAUGGCUUUGGAAAGAUAGGCAAUGUUAGUUCGGUAUCAACCAUGUAUAAGAAAAUGCUUACUUUUGGUUGUACGCCUGACGUUAUCACUUUCACAUCGAUCAUCAAUGGCCAUUGUCGCGUAGGAGAAUUGCACAAAGCGUUAAACGUUUGGGAUGAGAUGAAUAGAAGAAAUUUGUAUCCAAAUUUAUACACGUUUUCGAUUCUUAUUCAUACUUUGUGUAAAGAAAGUAGAUUAAAUGAGGCGCGCGCUCUUUUAAAACAAUUGAAGAGAAGAACUGAUAUUGUUCCUGAAGCGUUUAUUUACAACCCCGUGAUUGACGGUUUUUGCAAAGCAGGAAAUGUUGAUGAAGCUAAUAUGAUUGUAAAAGAAAUGGAAGAGAAACGAUGCAAGCUUGAUAAGCUAACGUUUACGAUUUUGAUAAUCGGGCAUUGUAUGAAAGGGCGAAUGGUGGAAGCGAUAAGACUUUUUGACAAGAUGGUUCUAGUUGGUUGUGUUCCGGAUUCAGUUACUGUAAAUUCGUUGGUGUCACGCCUUUUAAAGGCUGGGAUGCCUAAAGAAGCGUAUCAAAUAAGGAAAGCAGUUUUGGGUGUGCGGGUCCCACAAACAGAUGUUUUAUGUAGUAAAAAGAUUGAUAUUCCUGUGGCUGUGUAGCUGAUAUGGCGUUUUGAUGUUGGUUUUGGACAUAGCAGUUAUUGUGGUCAUCGGUACGUUCAGUUGUGCAAAGAGCUCAAUACUUGGCAUUAUCAGAUCGAGUCUGAAGAGUAUUCUAGAGUCCUGCUAAUCCGAGUCCUGUUCGACUUCACCACAAAGAUGUGGGUCUCAGAUGUAUGCUUCAAAUUCAAGGAUACAUCAGCAGAACAAGGUGAUGGUACACGUGUUUAAUCUGAAUUUUCAACUUGUUAUUGACAUCAAUAAGAUCUUUUGGUGGCCGAGGCACAAACACAAACGCCAAAGGUUCGCCAUGUAUACGACAUGUUCGAGCAAAGAAACAAUCAGGGAGGCAACGUGGUGGACCAAGUCCAAGCUGGAAUAUCGACGAUAAGUUGUUGAAAGCUAGCACGUGCCUAUUUUUCGAACGGUUAUGAACGAAGACGUGGGUCUAGCGACAAUAUCGCAUUUAGUUGUUAUUGUUAUAUUCAAAGGCGUUGAUCAAGUGAAUUAAUUAAUUCAAUUCGCAUAUACACACACAUUAGACGAAUAGAGCUUACACUCAACACUCGGCAUACAUACGACAUUGUACCAACUUGAUCAACUUCCGUAGUUGUAUUGGAUUUCACUAGCUAAGAGCAUUCACAAUCACA